AUGAUUGGUAUUGAUGGAUUGCCUAUUGCAAAAAGCAGUAAUUCUCAGUUGUGGCCCAUUUUAGUUUAUAUUGAAAAUACAACUAAAAUUGUUUUUCCAGUUGGUAUUUACCACGGUUAUUCUAAGCCAAAGAAUAGUAAUAUGUUUCUAGAUGAUUUUAUAUCAGAAGCAAUAAAUCUUAUAGCGAACGGUAUUGUUUUAAAUAAUUGUACAAAAAAAGUAUCAAUAAGUGGGUUUAUUUGUGACAGUCCGGCUAAGGCAUUUUUAUUGCAACUGAAAGGUCAUUCGGGAUUUUCGUCAUGCACUCGUUGUAUCCAAGUAGGCGAAUACUAUAAAAAUCGUGUCUGCUACCCUUAUUGUAAUUUUUCUCAUAAAAGAACACAUGAAACUUAUAUAAAAAGAAAAUACGAGGACCACCAUAUUGGAGAUACACUUUCAAGGCUUAUAUAA